AUUUGUUCGUCAAAAGGAACUGUUGCACAGCAUGGCAUGUGGGUUCUGGAGGAGGUGAAACAGUGUAUGCAGCUGAUCACAUAGGAACUGAAUUGGGAAACACCGCAGCGGCUGCAGUGAGCUGGGAAUCAGAUGGUUACCUGGCUCUUUGGCUCCCAGGAAGACUCCACAUGUUCUGAGAAUCUGGUAUCCCCUCUUAGAUGACUGUCGACAACAGCAUGAGCAGUGGUUAUUGUAGCUUGGAUGAGGACACCGAUGACUAUUUUUUCACAGCUAGGACCACUUUGUCCAGGAAUCCUCAGAGCAAAUGUGCUGCAAAGAAUGCAGCAAAAACAGUGGAAGAAGAAAAGCUCAGAGCUCCAACCAUCCAAGAGCUGAAACAGAAGAUUGACAAUUACAAUUCAAAAGUCAACAACUGCUUGCUGAUGAAGAUGAAUGAUGAUGGCACUUACACAGGCUUCAUCAAAGUGCACCUCAAACUGCGCCGGCCUGUGACAGUCCCAGCAGGCAUCAGGCCGCAGUCCAUCUAUGAUGCCCUCAAAGAGGUCAAUGUAGCCAACAUGACAGAAAAGAGAACGUCCUUCUACUUGCCACUGGAUGCCAUCAAGCAGCUGCACAUCAGCAGCACUACCACUGUCAGUGAGGUGAUCCAGGGACUUCUGAAGAAAUUCAUGGUGGUGGACAACCCACAGAAAUUUGCACUUUUCAAGCAGAUGCAGAAAGAUGGCCAAGUUCUUUCCCAGAAACUCUCGGUAACAGAGUAUCCUUUAUACCUCCGACUUGUAGCCGGUCCCGACACAGACGUUCUCAGCUUUGUGUUGAAAGAAAAUGAAACCGGGGAAGUUGAGUGGGAUGCCUUCUCUAUUCCAGAGCUACAAAACUUCCUAGUAAUACUUGAGAGGGAAGAAAAGGACAAAAUCCAGCAAGUGCAAAACAAGUAUAACAGGUUUAAACAAAGACUACAGGAGGCCUUGAAAGAAGCCAAUGAGAAGCCUGGAUAACAAAACCUGGAAGUGUGGCUAGCAAUGAACUUAAAGUAAAAGUUAUAAUUAUUUUAAAAAUGUUAAAAAUCAAGACUUUUCCUCAGGACACUUUCAGUUGGUUGCUAAGACAUGAUCAGAGCUGGUAACUAUAGAAUGGAAAUUGAUGUUUCAAAUUCACCGGCCCUCAGAAAACCAAAAAAGAAUGCUGCUUCUCCUUCAACCAUAGUCAUACUUAAUGGCAUAACCAGGAAACUUUGCAGCAAGUGCUGAAUGUCCAAGGAAUUGGGUUGCUUGCACUGUAAAUGCUGAAGGCCAGACUGAACUUGCUAGCUUUCUUCUCCUUCUCAACGCCAAUACCUUGGCUGCUGGAUUUGUGUAUAUGUGGCAGAAGUGCAAUGAAUGUGCUCUCUGUGGUCAUUUCAUCACAUGCAGAAUGUGGUAUCAGAAGCUCUGCAUUAGCAAUGGACUCUUAUUGCUCUGGUGUGCGUGUGGGCACAUGUGGGGGAUGCCAAACAGUGGUUGCACAGUAUGAAGAGAGUUAGCUAAAAAGAUAUCACACAGGCUAGAGAAGUGGUCUUGAUGAGCUUUAGAGUAUUGUUGGCCUUGAGCAAGAGUUUAUAAUUUCUCAGGGGGAAAAGUCAGCUGCUUUUAUUUUAUUUUAUAGGCAACUCAGGAGGGCUGUUUUCUUGGUUAAGCCCUCAGCCUAAUAUUUUAAGCUUAACCUCAGUACUGCCAACUUAGUUCCUUCUUACCCUGUAGGAACUGGGACCACUGUGAGGAAUCUGACAAUGAGGUGAUUUCAGCACUCAGUGCUUAGCACCAGUCUUCUAGUAGAAAAACUAUGUCAGGAACCGGAGGAGGAGGGGAUCCAGUUAGCAGAACACGGGCAGUGGGAGACUGGUGGCUGCCUGCUCAUCAGGUCCCCAUUCCCUGCAGCUGGCUUUUCGAUUGCAGGCAACUCAACCUGAUGAUGGUGGUACAUGUUUCAUCCAACUAGUUCUGUUCUAGUACGGCAAAGGUAAAGAUCUCACCCAAUUUAACAGGACCUGUAGAAUUUAGUCACUCCUGAUUAAUUUAGUCACUCCUGAACGACUUGCAUGUGGUGCCAUUCAGCUGUCAUGCUUUCUCCUGUGUUAUGAGGCUCUUCUGUGCAAUAUUGGGAAAUUUUAAAAAAAUGAGACAAUAAACGAGCUAUUAUGAGAAAGGUGCUAAGUGUCAAACAAUGCAGAUAAAGCUACUUCGAAUGAUUCCUGCUUACAGCUCUCUUUAUCUUGGAUGUGUGAGCAGACUAAGCUGCCCUUCUGACACAGCUGGAGCACUGCAGCAGUCACUCAUCUAUGAGGCCGUCCCGUGGGGGUGGAGCUCUGCAGCUAAGUGAUAGAGUUACUGGGCCUGGGUGUGUGUGUGUGUGAUUCAGUGCGGCAGAUCCACACGAUUCAGUCAUUUUGGCACAGCUUGAUGGGAUCACCUCCUGGAAAAGCGGCUCCCACAUACCUGUCUGGGGAAGGUGAUAUGGGGCCUGACAUGUACCCUUGCCUGUUCUGAUCCCAAAAGGAUUGAAGUACCAGGCCUCCAGUAAGGCUGAGAAGAACUGCUGUCACAGCACGAAGAAGGCAGGGGACACAAAGAAGCACAUGCAAACACCAUGCCCUGAAUAUAAAGUAUUCAGAAGUUUCAUAAGCACUGUAGAAACGGUUGGUGUAGUCCACUGAGGAAGGACUCCUGCCAAAUUGUGGCACCAGUGAGAACAAGAGAUAUUGUUAUUGUUUCUAAUAACGAAGGACAGUUUUGUAAGUCAUGACAUUUGCCCUCAGAAUGGUAAGUAUUCCUUUAAAAAAAAACAACACAGCUUUUUGGAGCCUGGCAUGCUCCUGUUCCCUUUAGCAUGUCUUGAAUAUUUUCCUAGAAGGCAUGGCUUCUUAUGCAAUUUAUGUGAAUGCUGCUGACUAAGCCUCCUGCAAAACAGGAGGGUUUUUUUGUUUUGUUUUUUAAAGAUGAUAUAUAGUUAUGGGGCACAAAGAGGAAACAAAAUUAGUGAUGCCCCCGUUGCAAGAGAAAGCAGAGCCACUGGAGCUGUGGCAGAGCAGACGCCUUAGGGAUGCAUUAGGCUAGACCCCCACCUUAAGAAGCGCAGACUACUGCUGGCAGUGCCUUUGUUAGUAUAUUGUGUUGCCUGCAUAUGUACAUGUGUAAUUCCCCACCCCUUCUCUUUAAUGGUCAAAUGUAAAAGAUGUAAAAUCUGUAUAGAACAGAAUUAGUGAAAGCUUAUGUGGUAAAUACAUUUUUGCAAUGCUGUAAUUUAUUUUUACUACUGGUUUAAUCCUAUGACAUUAAAAAGUCACCUUCCAGCUUUUUUUUUUUUAAAGCUCCUAAGCAAUUUGUUCAUGUGACACAAACUGUAAGAAGCUAUUAAAAAUAAA